CCCACUCCAUCACUUUCUUUUUUCUUUAUAAAUUUUCUCCAUUCCCACUUCUUGUUUAUGUGUGCUUCAUUCAAUUCACCACCCAUUACUUUCUCCUCUAUUGAUCUUGAAUUUCUCACAGCUUGGUCCAAGCAUAAUCAUACCCACAAAACCAGUCUUUUUCUCAAUAUAACUUAGCAACAAUUCUGAUUCAGGCUUUCACACGUUGAUUUCAACCAUGAAUUUCACAGAAAAUAUGAUGUCAGGAGCCAGAAAUAGUCAGUGUAAUUCAAGCAACACUGGCAGUUCAAUAUCAGAAACCAGCAUUAGCAGUCAACAACAACAACCACCACCACCACCACCUCCUCCACCACAACCAAUAUUGAGCCGCUACGAAUCACAAAAGCGUCGCGACUGGAACACAUUUGGGCAAUAUCUAAAGAACCACAAGCCACCACUAGUUCUCUCUCGGUGCAGCGGUGCACACAUACUUGAAUUCCUCAGAUACUUGGACCAGUUUGGCAAGACUAAAGUCCAUAACAAUACAUGUCCUUUCUAUGGCCACCCUCACCCUCCAGCUUCAUGUCCUUGUCCACUUAAACAGGCAUGGGGCAGCCUCGAUGCACUCAUCGGCCGCCUCCGUGCGGCCUUCGAGGAGAACGGUGGACGGUCGGAGGUCAACCCCUUUGGUGCACGCGCCGUCCGUUUGUAUCUGAGGGAGGUGAGGGACACUCAGGCUAAGGCUAGAGGAAUUGCUUACGAAAAGAAGAAACGAAAGAAGCCACAGCAGAAACAAGAAACUCAAGUGAUGUUGGAGGAAUUAGAUUGUAAUCGUGUGAAUUCAGUUGUGGCAUCCAAUGAAAAUCUGGUCAUGGGAGGUUCAUCUGAUGCUAGAAACUCCAUGAUUCCUUUAUCUGUUCUUAAUUAGUAGUAGUUUUAGCUUUUAGCAGGUAGUAAUCAGCUUUAUAGUUACAGUAUUUAAUACAUGGGCUUAAUGUAGAAUAUGGUCUUUAUAUG